UUUGCUUUAUGAAUCUCAGGGCUCGAUGAUCCCAAAGCCACGAUUCUUACAGAAGCGGAUUGAAGAAGUGAAAAUAGGAACAUUCAAGAACAUUGCAACUAUCAGGGAGACAGAAACCGUUUAUGAUGCUUUAUCAAUAUUUGUAGAGCGACGGGUCUCAGCCCUGCCCGUCGUCAAUGAGCAAGGAAAAGUGGUAGCACUUUACUCCAGAUUUGAUGUCAUUAAUUUGGCUGCACAGAAAAGCUACAACAACCUGAACAUGACGAUGCAGGAGGUCAUUCAGAGCCGCUGGUGCUGCAUUGAGGGGGUGCUGAAGUGUUACCCUCACGAGACCCUCGAAACCAUCAUUGAUCGGAUCGCUGAGGCUGAGGUUCACCGUCUAGUACUGGUGGACACAGAGGAUGUGGUGAUGGGAAUCGUCUCGCUCUCUGAUUUGCUUCAGGCACUGGUCUUGACUCCUGCAGGUGUUGAAGCACUUUUCUCUUAACACCAGUGGAGGGCUCCCUCUCCACAAUCAUCCUCAUUUCACAUCAUACCAGAAUUUUGUCCUAAAGCAAACCAUGAGC